UAAUAAUACCUCUUACCUACCUAUAUAAACAACUCCAUAUUAGCCUAAGCAAGAAAUCCCUCAGUGGAAAAUGUCCGAGCAACCUUCUGUAACUAAUGUUGCUGAUGAACAACAUUCAGCUAGUGGAUCUGGCAGUAUCGGUGGUGAAGAGAAGGUGUAUGGAGGAUGUGAAGGUCCAGAUGCUAUGUAUGUGAAACUGGUAUCCUCUGAUGGACAUGAGUUCAUUGUGAAGAGGGAGCAUGCUCUUAUAUCCGGCACCAUUAAGGCUAUGCUCAGUGGACCGGGCCAGUUUGCUGAAAAUGAAGCCAACGAGGUCAACUUUAGAGAGAUACCAUCACACGUACUCCAAAAAGUCUGCAUGUACUUCACGUACAAGGUACGCUAUACCAACUCGUCUACAGAGAUACCAGAGUUUCCGAUCGCUCCCGAGAUCGCCCUCGAAGUGUUGAUGGCUGCCAACUUCCUCGACUGUUAAACGAUGAAUUCUGACAACGACAUUGCCUCAAUGCAAUGAGAGAUAAACCACAGAUAUGUCACACGAUGAAUUGGUAAUGUAAAUAGGUCUAGAGUUUAAACGGUUAAUAUAAAUUUUGCUCUCAAAUACUAUUGUAUUGUAUUACGUGAAGAUUUGUUUUGUGACUGUGGUCUAGAUUUGUUAGUAAAGAUAUAAAUAAAAUCGAAACAUUAAACUGAUGAUAAAUGAUUUUAUUGAGAGAAACACAGUAUCAGAUAUUGCCGGAUGAAUGCUCUUGCCAAAGACAUAAAGUGCUAUUAUUAUGUAACUGUCCAGAGACAUCAAGAAACUUUGGAUAAGGAAAAUCUUUCAACAAGCUCCGGCCAAGCUAAUUCAGGUGAACGGCCUCUCUAAGUCAUUCUUUGUAGCUUAAUAAUAUUUGCAAUUACAAAUAAUACGUGUUAUUCUCUCGGAUAACUAAAUAUCAUGUUUUUUCUUAUCUUUUUUAUAAAGUUAUCUCUCAUUGCAUUAAGUUGUUUAUUUCACGUGCAAAAUUUUAACAUGUUCUAAUAUUUGAAUAAUGUUGAAAGUGCAAUAUUACGAACACGCCUACAAAUAAUCUGUGUUAGUUCUAAAUUGUACGUAAGUGUGCGUACGAUUAUUUGUUUUUAUUUUUUUUUCUUGCUGCCCGUUUAAUUUACAAUUGAUUAUAAUAUAUAUUGUGCUUCUACAAUUAUUGAUGUAACAAAUUUAAAUUAGCUAACAGCAGUGUUCAGAUAAAUGAAAAUAGUUUAUUAAAUAUGUUCGCAGUGGGAAAUCAAAAAUAGACAGGGGGUGUGCGUGGGGGGUUAUUGUUAGUAUUCAAAUAACAAAAGGUAUUCACAUUGCGUAUUAUUAAAAUGAAAGAGAUAUAACAAUAAUUCCUGAUGCACAUCUACACUGUCUCUCAUCUAUGACAUAGCUUUUUUUUUCAUUGAAAGGUCUACACAAGUAAACCUUUGAAACGUGAACAACCUCAACGAUAUGGUUUUUAUAUCCUUUUUCAUAACAUUUAGGAGCAUAAAUGCGUUUAAUUUUAAAUAUUUACGAAUAAUUUAUGGCUACAUUAAAAAUGAAAGUUUUACAUAUAACCUUAAAGUGUUUACAUAACCAAUACAGAAUGUAUGAUGUAAAAUAAAUAAUUUUAGUGUUUUUACAGUAUUUCCUGAGUAUUACAAAUAAAAUCCUUUAUGUACCAAGACGGUUUACGAGUUUCUUGUGUCUCGAUUAUUGUAGAUGACCUUUCAUUAAUGUAGCCAUAAAGAAUGCAAAAAGUAAAAGUUCAUUAAAAAGGAACGGUCCUUACUUUGAAACGAAUACAAAAGUUAAUGGAACCGCUGAAUCCGAAAUGAAAAUAAGUUUCUAAGCUACUUAAGUUGCGUUUACAGCAAGCUAAGCUCAGAUACUUGUUUACUUAUGAUAAUGUAGAGCUAAGGCAGCUGACGGACUUGUUCUCCGUAUGAUCGAGGAUAGAACGCGUCAGCUGAACUCUAAAAAGUAUGUUACAUUACGUAGAAAAAAUUUAAAAAACAAUAAAAUGAUUUUAAUGAUUUCAAAUGAAAAUAUUCGAAGUUAGUGCAGUUAUAGGAAUGCCAAAUGCCAAUGUCAAAUGUCAAAAUCAGAUGAUGCUGGACAAUAUGGCUGCUAUUAAAUUUCAGAUUUCCCAUAAAUCCCAAUAAAUUAAGAGAAAAGCUUAGAGGGUCACAGUAAUAUGUGCACUAAAACUUAUGAAUGUAUUCUUCUUAACGUAACAGUAAAAAGGAUCUCAAAUGAACUGAAACUUAUCAAAAUGGCGUGACACUGCAGCGAUAUGUUCCAAUAAUAUGAUAAACAUUUCGCUAAAUAAUUCGUUUAUUUAAAAAAAAUUAAAUUUUAAUUCUGACCCGAAUUAAAUAAUUUCCUGUAUUCUGAAUAAAAUGAAUACAUCGCUGGAAAUCUAGUAACGGAUUUUCUAGAUAUUAUUGUAGUGUUUGUAUAACGAUUGUCGCAUUAACAUUUUAAAACCAAAAACAGUGAAUUAUUGCUUUGUAUUUUGUUUAAAUAAAUUAUA